GGCUCUGCACUGAGCCAUCUCGCCAUCGACGCGAAAUGCGCGAGGUUUGCUGGCAGCCACCCUUGUGACGACGAAGACCAGGAAGGUGGAGUCAGAGAAGAAGAUGAAGGAAGUGCGGCCGUCGAGGAAGAAAUCGCCGCUGAAGGAAAUGAAGCAGAUGAGGGUGGCUUCCUUAGUGACGAGAGCGGAGCAGGAGAUGCGCGAUGUUGCUCAGCCUCUGGCUUUCACUCGUCCGGAGCGCCACCCACUGCCGGAGAUGGAGCAGCCGACAAUUGCGAAGAAGCAGGGUGGUGGGGAUGUCCCUGCUGCCGCAUACCUUGGGUCGCCUAGGGUUACACGAGCGGAUCAACAAGGAGAAACUCGGUUGGGUCGGGUUCACUGGACUGAGUGGACCGUGAUGCCAAGGGGAGCAGGCCGAGUCGGCCUGGGAUUCGGGCCACGACCAAGAAAGAAGUGGCCCAAGGGAGAGAAGUCCGGUGGUGGACUAGCUGCACAUAAUCUGAGCGAUCAAGGGAACAGGAGGAUCACAACGAGUGCAUUCAGUUCUGACCGGAUUGCAUGGACAAACCAUCGGGGAUCGGGCCAAAGUGAGGAGUUGGAGUUUUGGUUUCCACUUCAAAGCUCAAUCACAUGACCCAUGCAUCCCUGCAACAAGUUCAUUGCCGAGGGCCGAGGGAGUAUCGCCGAGUGUGGGAGAUCAAGGUGAGCUGGACAGAAACUCCAAAGAAGAUAUAUGUUUGUUUAAAUUGUCAUGUCCCGUGGGACUUGUUUACAGGUGGAAGAGUGGGGAAUAUGGAGAUACUACCUGGUGGUUUUUCUUGGGGCAGUAGUUGGAGUUGAUGGGAAAAUCUUGGUCGAAAUUGGCGGAAAGAAUGCACAGUUCAAGCUUGGGUGGCAAGCUCAAGGAGAUGAUUCGAGGGGUGUUAGCUCCAUUAUAGGAGUAAAAUCACAUGGAUGGG